AUGUCGCUUGAGGUCACUAAUCAUAGCCGGGAUAUUAUUGACAAACAGGCCGCCGUCAACCAGCAGCUGCGCACCGGUCACAUAACCGCUCAACUCAUCACAGGCCAGAAACACAGCCGGGCCGGCCAGAUCCGACGGCACGCCGGUGCGGCCCAGAGGAAUCCUCCCCUCAAUGUACGUCCUCUUGGCGUCGUCGGCCAGGUCCUGCUCGUUCAGCUGCGUGCGGAUCGUGCCCGGCAGCAGGGCGUUGCACCUGAUGCCGUGCCUGCCCAGCGCCACGGCCGUGCUCUGCAUCAGGCUGAGGACGCCGGCCUUGGUCGGCGUGUAGUGCGCCUGCUGCCCGCCGCCGACGAGCGCGGACACGGACGACACGCCGAUGAUGCUGCCCCCGGGGGGGGACUGGUGGAGGGCCAUCUGGCGCGCAGCGGCCUGCGUCACGUAGAAGGCGCCGUCGAGGUUGGUGCGGACCGUCGUCUCCAACAGGUCGGGCGACAGCGUCAUGAAGUCGGCAAAGGUGCAGACGCCGGCGUUGGAGACGCAGAUGUCGAGGCGUCCGGAGCGCGCGACGGCCGCCGCCACGAGCCUGGCCGCCGCCUCGGGGUCUUUGACGUCGCCGGCCUCGUGGGCCAGCCUGCCGGCGGCCGCGGCGGCCCGGCCGGCAUCGCGCGCCGAGAGGGCUUCCGCCUCGGCCACCAGCGAGUCGAGGUGGUGCCUGUCCUUGUCCAGCCCCAGGUGGUUGACCACCACGUCGGCGCCCUGGCGCAGGAACCCGAGGCAGAUGGCGCGGCCUAUGCCCGUCGUCCCGCCCGUGAUGAUGGCCGUCUUGCCGGCCAGCAGCCCGGUCAGCGGCAUCUUGUCAAGAAGAAGAAGGAGAAGAAGACGAAAGUGUAUGACGCAAGACCACGAGACCCGCUCCGGCUGGGUCGUGUUGUUUUUUUACUGACCCCGACUCAAAAGUUGGACAAGACGUCUGGUGGUAAAUGA